AUGGAUUUUUUUCAUUGUACUCCAUUAUAUGAUGAAAUUGAAUGGGAUCCAGGACUUACAAUUUUGCAAGUCGGUACCAAAAUUAAUAAAGCUCAAGAUGCUAUUCCUGUUCCUCCAAAUGAGACAAAUCCUGCCAGUAAAAAUCUGCAAAAAAUGGUACCAAUUCCCCAACCACCCACCUUAGAAGGUAGCUCAGUGCCCGAAUUUAAAGUUAUUGCUAGUGAAAAUCUGUUGGCACCAAAGUUGUACCCCAUAAUAACAGCCACAAAAAAUAGCCCUGAACAUGAAGCUCAGGAUAUGGGACUAGUUUCAAAUGAACGAAAUGCUGUUGUGGCAAAUUUGCUCAUGCCAAAGCCAAUCUCAGCACAAUCAGCCUUGCCAGGACUUACAAUUUUGCAAGUCGGUACCAAAAUUAAUAAAGCUCAAGAUGCUAUUCCUGUUCCUCCAAAUGAGACAAAUCCUGCCAGUAAAAAUCUGCAAAAAAUGGUACCAAUUCCCCAACCACCCACCUUAGAAGGUAGCUCAGUGCCCGAAUUUAAAGUUAUUGCUAGUGAAAAUCUGUUGGCACCAAAGUUGUACCCCAUAAUAACAGCCACAAAAAAUAGCCCUGAACAUGAAGCUCAGGAUAUGGGACUAGUUUCAAAUGAACGAAAUGCUGUUGUGGCAAAUUUGCUCAUGCCAAAGCCAAUCUCAGCACAAUCAGCCUUGCCAGGUUGCCACCACCUUGAAGCUGAAAAAUGA